AUGGAUUUAGCGGUAUUGAAGCAGGAGGCUGCAGACCUGGGGUUGACUGAUCCCCGUGAUAUUGCUAAGUAUGUGCAGGACCAGCAUCGAGACUUGCGGGCGGAGCGCAGAGAGCGGGAAGAUCGCGAACGCGAGUUUGCGGCCGCCGAAGCGAUACGGGAGCACGAAAUUCGGAUGGCGGAGCUAAAUUUUAAGCAUAAGAUAGAAGUCCUUAAAGCUACGCCGCCCACGCCCGUGGCUCCUCCCAAAACGAAGUUGCCGAUGUUUCCUGACGACGCAGACCAGGUCGAAGCUUAUUUCCUCGUAUUCGAAAGGGUCGCAGCCGAUCACGGGUGGGACGAGAAGACGAUGUUUCUGCAGCUCGUCACCCGCCUCCAGGGCCACAGCCUGGAUGUUUAUCACCGCACCGAAAUCGAAGGUAAUUUGACGUACAGCGAAUUAAAGGAAGCUCUGCUGAGUGCUUACGCUAUAAGCCUCGAGCAGGCCCGUUGCAGGUUCCAGGAAGCUCACCUUGACGAGCGGGAGACCUGCAAGCUUUUCAUCAUUCGUCUCUCUCAUCUCUUUAAGAUUUGGCAUCGAAGGAGUAAUUUACCUGACACCAAGGAAGGUAUCCUGGAGCUCAUUCUGGUUACGCAACUACUCGCUUCGCUGCCCAAGGGAUUGCGAGCUCAGCUGAGAAUGAACAAAGUUACUAGCCUGGCGGAGACCGCGGACAUAGCGGAUGGCUGGUUCUCUGCUUAUGGCUACAACUAUAGGGUGAAGAAAGAGGGCGAACGAAAGCAAGAGUCAAAGAAACCUGCUCUGAGAAGCGUCGGUGAUCGCAGGGAGUCAAAAUCUCCUGAAACUGCAAAAGCACAGCCGGGAGAACACAAGCACCAGCCUUUCAAUAUGCCACGGAAAGGGGGUGAAAAGAAGCCGUUCUACCAGUCCGGUCACUUGGCUACCGUGAACAGUGUCCCGGAAAAGGAGGAGCCCCAGGUACAUCUGUCUGGCCUGGCACUUGGCCACCAUGUACUCUGUGCAUGCUCUCCUCUUCCCUUGCCUUCAGCAGCCAGCAAGAGAUUGUCUACUGCAGAGGGCCUAGUCCAGGGUCGCAGAGCAAUUAUCAUGCGAGACUCUGGCUCCACAGGAUGUGUAGUUAAAAAAAGGUAUGUAAAAAGAAAGGAUUAUACUGGCAAAACCGUUCGUGUUACAAUGAUUGAUGGUUCACAAAUAGUUGUCCGUGAGGCAAAGGUUUUCUGCCAGUCCCCUUAUUUUACAGGCACUGUGACUGCUGCUGUUAUGGAUAACCCUGCCUUCGAUUUUGUCCUGGGCAACGUGCCUGGAGCUGGCCUGGUCCCGGCGAAAGAGGUCCAGACGCAGACCCAGGUGGAAGGAGGCAAGGACGCGAUGACACAAACUGCAGAGGAGAGUGAACCUACUGCACAAGAUGUCCCCCUUAUGUCAGAAUCCCCUGGUGUUCGCGAUGGACCAACCAUAUCUGCAGACAUUAUGGAUCAGACCAGUGCUGCUGUCACUACGAGAGCUGCUGCACGUCGCUCUGAGAUCAGUACACGACUGGCAAAUCCACAAGGUCUGGAGGCACUACUAAAAGGCGAGGAUAUAGCUGAGCAGCAGAAAAAUGAUGCCACCCUCUCCAAACUACGUGAAUAUGCUGAGCAACGUCAUGUUCGCCUCUACAAGGGAAUAAAGAUGGACUUUAUAUGGCAGAACAACAGACUUUACCGACGAACUACCUUGCCUCAGGGUGAGGUGAAGCUGCAGUUCGUUGUUCCAGCUGGAUGUCGCCAACAAGUCUUCAAGUUGGGGCACCACUCGCUCCUCGGAGGUCACAUGGGGGCAGCCAAAACUCUCGCCCGAAUACAAUCCACCAUGUUCUGGCCUGGAAUGGGAGCUGAAAUCUUAAGACUCGGCCGUUCCUGUGACAUAUGUCAGAAGACAACGGACAAGGGACGCAAUACUGCAGCACCUCUACAGCCACUUCCUGUGAUUUCGGAACCGUUCUCUCGCGUGGCUGUCGAUAUUGUGGGUCCCAUUACACCUUGUGCUGACGAUAAAUCGAAAUACAUCCUUACAGUCGUUGAUUUUGCAACAAGAUGGCCAGAAGCUGUUGCCCUGAAGAACAUAGAAGCUGCCACGGUUGCAGAAGCUCUCUUCGAUAUGUUCUGCAGAAUCGGCAUACCCAAGGAAGUACUGAGCGACAGAGGUACACAGUUUACAUCAGGCAUGAUGGAAGAGACCUGGAAGCUCCUUUCAGUAAAGGGCAUGAGAACUACACCAUACCACCCACAAGGAAAUGGUCUUUGUGAGCGAUUUAAUGGCACACUAAAGAAGAUGCUAAAACGUAUGGCUGCAGACCAGCCGCGGGAAUGGCCUCGUCUCUUGGCACCGCUGCUGUUUGCCUACAGAGAAGCCCCGCAAAGUUCCUUAAGAUUCUCCCCAUUUGAGUUGGUGUACGGUAGACCAGUAAGAGGCCCUUUGCAAGUUCUGAGGGAGCUGUGGGACAACACUGAGGAUGACCCAGUAAUCACCUCCUCUUAUCAGUAUGUUCUGGAUCUGAGUGAACGCUUGCAUUCUACGUGCGAACUCGCAAAAGAGGAGCUUUUGAAAAGCCAGGUCACUCAGAAGUCUUAUUAUGACAGGAAAGCCAAGUUUCGUACUCUUGAUGAAGGAGAUCAGUGCUUGAUAUUGCUACCUACGAGCACAAACAAGCUCCUAGCACAGUGGAGUGGACCUUAUACUAUUCUCAAACGAGUUUCAGACGUUAAUUACAUCGUAGGAAUCGGCCACGAGAAGAAACGUUUCCACAUAAACAUGAUAAAGAAAUAUUAUCCAAGGUCCUCCCCUGUACCUCAGUCUAGCCAUGCAACUCGUCAACAAGAAAAGAGUGACAAUCGACGUUCAGUCAAUGUUCGACGACGCUGCUCUUCUGAGAAAGGUGUUGAUAACUCGAAAAGGUUUGGUUGUACGGCAACCGUAAUACCUGAAGACUCUGGUUUCUGCCAGCCCUUGACUCCUGAGGCUGAUUCGAGGGAAGGACCAGAGAGUAUUAUCAUAAACCCGAAGCUAGAGGACCACCAUAAGGCAGACCUCCAUGAGAUCAUUCAGAAGUACCCUGAAAUCUUCUCUGACCAACCCCGAGUUGCCAAGGUGGAAGAACAUCGAAUCGUCCUUCGUAAUAAAGAGCCAGUGCGCACAAAGCCAUAUCCCAUACCUCUGCGAUAUGUAGACUUGGUGAUCAAAGAGAUAAAGAAACUGGAAGCUAUGGGCAUUAUUGAACCGUCCAAGAGUUCGUAUUGUUCACCCAUAGUUGUGGUUAAGAAGAAAGGAGGAGACAUCAGGAUCUGCGGGGAUUACCGUCGCGUUAACGCAGCUACUCAUUUCGAGGCGGAACCAAUGUCUGAUCAACGCAUUAUCUUCUCACGUUUAUCUGCCUCUAAAUAUUUUACAAAACUGGACCUGACAAAAGGAUUCUUCCAGAUUCCUUUGCAUCCAGAGAGCAGGAAGAUAACAGCCUUCAAAACCCCCUGUGGACUGUAUCAAUACAAGGCUGAGCACCAGAAGCUUCUCGACGUAGUUUUCAGUAAAUUAUCUCUGCAUCGAAUGACCCUAAAGCCCAGCAAGUGUGAGAUAGCCUUCACACGGACACACUUCCUUGGCCACACCGUUGGAGAUGGCAAAUGCGAGUGUCAGCAGGAGAAACUACAGAAGAUUCGCAUGGCACCGCGACCCGUAAAUCAACACCAGCUUCGUUCUUUCCUCGGCCUCGUUGGGUAUUAUCGGAGCUUCAUCAAAAACUUUACGCAGAUUGCUCUUCCACUAUUCAACCUCCUGAAGAAAGACUGCAGCAUCAAGCUGGUGUGGGGUGCAGAGCAAGAGAAAUCCUUCACUACACUAAAGGAAACCUUGUGCUCUGAACCUAUUCUCCGACUUCCAUCCAAAGAUAAACCCUUUACUUUGCGGACGGAUGCAUCGGGAGAAGGUGUUGGAGCAAUCCUUCUGCAAGAGUUUGAUGGCAUAUUGUUCCCCGUAGCUUACCACAGCCGUAGACUCUCAAAAGCCGAAUGCAAUUAUUCGACAGUUGAACGAGAGCUGUUAGCGCGAUCUAAGACCGCCAACGCGCGCUUGAUGCGCUGGGCGCUCUACCUUCAACAAUUUGAGUUCAAUAUCCGCUACAUAAGAGGAACUGAGAACGUAGGAGCUGAUCUACUCUCAAGGCUGGUCAGCGGAAGCAGCAGUGACCUUGAGGACAGCCGAGCUGAAAUGUCUCGCAACCCAGGACCUCAACUACAAUAUCAUGAAGCGGAGGUGGAGCAUCGACUGCAGAAGAAUCCUCAUCCCUAA